AUGGAUUUCUCUCAGGACGCCGGCCACGAUCCAGCCUACGAGCCUCAAAUCGUUCACGAGCAAGGCCAGCCGCCACAACCCCUCCACGAUGACCAGCAGCAAAAUGGACAGUCUCAGAGUGCCGUCACAGACUCGCCAAUGGAAGUCGACUCCCAGUCCCGAUACAAUUCUCCUAAUCUACCACAUCAACAACAAGGGUCGAGGCCUAGUUCUGGCAUGAGUGCACCUGCUCAAUCCUCCCACUCGCAAGGGCAAGGUCAGCAGCAGAACAAGAGCAGCGUCGUCAUCAAGGUUGGCAUGGUCGGAGAUGCCCAGAUUGGCAAGACCAGUCUAAUGGUCAAGUACGUCGAAGGGAGUUGGGAUGAAGACUACAUACAGACUCUUGGGGUCAACUUUAUGGAGAAGACCAUUUCUAUCCGUAACACUGAAAUUACGUUCUCAAUAUGGGAUUUGGGAGGACAGCGAGAAUUCGUUAACAUGUUGCCUUUGGUCUGCAACGACGCAGUAGCCAUUCUCUUCAUGUUCGAUCUAACGCGGAAAUCCACUUUGAACAGCAUCAAAGAAUGGUAUCGACAAGGACGAGGCUUCAACAAGACGGCGAUUCCCUUCCUCAUUGGAACAAAAUACGAUCACUUCGUUAACUUUCCUCGGGAAGAUCAAGAGGAGAUCAGUAACCAAGCACGCCGGUUCGCCAAAGCUAUGCGCGCUAGCCUCAUCUUCAGCAGUACCAGCCAUAGUAUUAACGUCCAGAAGAUUUUUAAAAUCGUCCUUUCCAAAGCCUUCGACCUCAAAUGCACCAUCCCGGAAAUCGAGAACGUUGGUGAGCCGCUGCUAUUGUAUCAGUCUGUGAACUAG